AUGGCCUCCGAAGUCGACCCAGAUCAAUAUACCAAGUCCGGUCUGUUCACGAAGAAUUAUUUCCGUGAUGUUUAUCCCGAAAUCGAUCCGAAGAAGCCGGAGCUCAGCCAGGCCGGCAAGGUCGCCAUCGUGACCGGUGCGAGCAGAGGGCUGGGGAAGGCUAUCGCAUUGGCGUUUGCCCAUGCAGGUAUCAAAGGGCUUGUGCUGGGAGCCAGAAGCGAAAAGGCCCUUGGAGAGACCAAGGCUGCCGUGCUGGCGAUCAGCCCUUCCACACACGUACUGGCUGUGCCUGUGGAUAUUAGCGUGGAAGAAUCGGUCGAGAAGUUUUACCAGACCAUCUCGGCCACCUUUGAGACGGUCGACACAUUGGUCAACAACGCCGGUGUCUUCACUGACUCGUUCGACGUCAUCUCCAAGGUCUCACCGGCCAAGUGGUUCAGAGAUUUCGAGGUCAACGUCAAGGGAACCUUCCUGGUGACGGCAGGAUUCCUCAAAGCCCAAGAGCGCAAACCGAGCGGUGUUCCGACCAUCAUCAACCUGGUGACGUUUCCAGGCCUGGUCCCGCCAUCGCUAAGCAGCUAUUUCAUCUCCAAGGCCGCGGUUCUGAGGUUCACUGAGCAUAUCGCGGCGGAGAAUCCCCAGGUCGCCGUCUUUAGUAUCAGUCCAGGGGUCAGUCCGACCGACAUGACCCUCGAAAUGUUCAAGCCUUUCGCAAAGGACUCACCGGAUUUGACGGGAGCCGUCGCCGUUUAUCUCUCAGCAACAAGACCAGCAUAUUUGGUGGGAAGAUACAUGUCGGUCAAUUGGGAUGUCUCGGAGCUUGCCGAGAGGAAGGAUGAGAUCGUGGACUCCGGCCUCCUGAAAUUUGUAAUUAAGCAGUAG